AAAAAAAUAGACAAUAGAUGUUGACUUCUGCAUCACGCCCAAAAUCUGCAUAAUGAUUUAGCUACUAGAAUUAAAUUGGUAUAAAAGUUGACACUGAGAAGACAAUAGUAUCAUUUGUUGAAAGACAAAUUUACUACACAUACAAAAUCAAAAUGUUCAAAAUCUUUGUUCAUUUCUUCGCUCUCUUAGCUGUCGCUUUCGCUGCAGCGAAACCAUUGGCUAAUCCUCAACCAAACCCACAACCAAACCCUCAAGUUUUGGCUGCUUAUAGUGCUCCUGCCGUAGUCUCGGACGUUGUCUAUCCUGGCGUGGCGUACUCAGCUCCAUUAGCUUACUCAGGAACACUCAACCCAGUGGCUUACACUGCUCCUUUGGUGUAUUAUUAGGUUGAAUGAAAAAUUGAUUUUGAAUUAUUUUUGAGCUAUAAUGUUUUGAAUUUUAAAAAUUUAAUAAAUGAUUACUUAUUUAA